UGAUGCUUUGCGUGCGCAGGAUCCGGCCCCCUCCUGGCCCGCGGAAAUCAGAGUUGAGGGGCAAUUUUCGACUUGAGAAAGGGCUUGGCAGAAGAAGAAGUUGUCAAUUUUUUGGCCUGGCUGGGGGUCCCUCGGAGCAGGGACCGAAAAUGGAAGAGGGAGACUCAUCUGGCUCCAUAUCAUGGCAAGGUCAGCUUGCCUUUCAUGCUGGGAGUAGAGGGGAAUUGUGGGAAAGUUCCAUGCAGAAGAACUCUCUGGGUGAAGAAACCAGCAGCUCAGAUGUCCAGCGCCGGCACUUCAGGCAGUUCCACUACCAGGAGGCCGAGGGGCCCCGAGAGGUUUGCAGCCGCCUCCAUGGUCUUUGCUGCCAGUGGCUGAAGCCGGAAAGGCACACCAAGAAGGAGAUCCUGGACCUGGUGCUCCUGGAGCAGCUCCUGGCCGUCCUGCCCCCGGAGAUGGAGCGCUGGGUCAGGGAAUGCGAGCCGGAGAGCAGCUCCCAGGCGGUGGCCCUGGCCGAGGGCUUCCUCCUGAGCCAGGCAGAGGCCAAGGAGCAGGAUCAACAGGUCCUGGGGCCUUCGGAAAAGGCCAGUGGCUUCCCAGAGGCAGAGAACGACCCAUUAGGUACCAGGCCGAAGCUGCUGCAGAAGGGGGUCAAACAGGAGGGGAAUUCUCAAGAAGCAUCUUUGAGUGAUGGAAUGUAUCCGGCAGUAUCUGUUAGAUCCUCUUUUCUUUGUGAUGGAGUGGAAAACAUUUCUACACCUCCAAGUCAGAGUCCCGUGACCUUUGAGGAGGUGGCCGUGGGUUUCUCCGAGGAGGAAUGGGCUCUGCUGGAUCCGGUCCAAAGAACCCUACACAGGGAAGUCAUGGAGGAGAAUUAUGGGAUGGUGGCCUCUCUGGCAGGCAAUGAAUGGGAGAAUGAAAAGGAGGUUGAACCAGAAGGGCUGCCCUGGGGAAAAGACCCAUUCAAAGAAGUGGAACACCAGAAAAGGAAAACUGAAGUGUCAGGGAGGAGGAAGAGGAAUAAAUCCGUAACGUCUCAUGGUGUUGAUGUCUAUGAAAUUCCAAUUGAAGAAAAAAUGGAGAAAGGAAAAAAGAAGAGAAAAUGUCUUGUGUGUGGGAAAAGUUUGAGUUGGAAGUCUAGCCUCAAGGCCCACUGGAAAAUUCACACUGGAGAGAAACCAUUUAAAUGUCUGGAAUGUGGAAAGAGCUUCCGACAAAGGGCAAAGCUAAUUACACACCAAAGAGUCCACACAGGGGAGAAGCCGUUUAAAUGCUUGCAGUGCGGAAAAAGCUUCAUCCAGAAUGAAUGCCUGACUUCCCAUUUAAAAACACACUCUGGGGAGAAGCCGUUCAAAUGCUUACAAUGUGGGAAAAGCUUCAGUUGGAGCCAUAACCUUACCUCUCAUCAAAGAAUCCACACAGGGGAAAAACCAUAUAGUUGCUCUGUGUGUGGAAAGAGUUUUUCUCAGAGGAGAGACCUUAACUCCCAUGAAAGAAUCCACACAGGGGAGAAACCCUAUACCUGCUCGGAAUGCGGAAAGAGCUUCCAUCAGAAUGCCCACUUGACUUCCCACCAAAGGAUCCACACAGGGGAGAAACCAUACAAAUGCCUGGAGUGUGGAAAGAGCUUCAGUCGGAGCUCAAGCCUCACUUCACAUCAAAGGACGCACACUGGGGAGAAGCCAUUCAAAUGUUUACAAUGUGGGAAAAGCUUCAGUUGGAGCCAUAACCUUACAUCCCAUCAAAGAAUCCACACAGGGGAGAAAUCGUUUCAGUGCUUAGAGUGUGGAAAGAGCUUUAAUAAGAAAACAAAUCUCAUUUCACAUCAAAGGGUACACUCAGGGGAGAAAAAAUAUAAAUGCCUGGAGUGUGGAAAAGGCUUCAGUCAGAGUGGACACCUUACUUCCCAUCGAACAAUUCACACAGGUGAGAAACCUUAUAAAUGUCAGGAAUGUGGAAAAGGUUUCAGUCAGAGUGGAAGCCUUACUUACCACCAGAGAAUUCAUACAGGGGAGAAAAAGUAUAAAUGCUUGGAAUGUGGAAAAACCUUCAGUCAGAGUGGACACCUUUGUGCCCAUCAAAGAAUUCACACAGGGGAGAAAAAAUAUAAAUGUCUGGAGUGUGGAAAAAGAUUCAGUCACAGUGGACACCUUUCUUCCCAUCAAAGAAUUCAUACAGGGGAAAAACCAUAUAAAUGCCUGGAGUGUGGAAAAACCUUCAGUCAGAGUGGACACCUUUCUCACCAUCAAAGAAUUCACACAGGGGAGAAAAAAUAUAAAUGUCUGGAGUGUGGCAAAAGUUUCAAUCACCGUGGAAACCUUAUUUCCCAUCAAAGAAUUCAUACAGGGGAGAAACCAUAUAAAUGCCUGGAGUGUGGGAAAAGUUUUGGGAGGAAGGAAAACCUCAAUUCUCAUGAAAGAGUUCACACAGGGGAGAAAAAAUAUAAAUGCUUGGAAUGUGGAAAAAGCUUUGGGAGGAAGGAUAAUCUAAGUUCCCAUCAAAGAAUUCACACAAAGGAGAAAAAAUACAAAUGUCUGGAGUGUGGGAAAAGCUUCAGUCACAGGGUAAAUCUUUCUUCCCACCAAAGAAUUCAUACAGGGGAGAAAAAUUAUAAAUGCCUGGAUUGUGGGAAAAGCUUCAGGCAGAGUGGCCACCUUACUCGCCAUCAAAGAAUUCACACAGGGGAGAAAAAAUAUAAAUGUCUGGAGUGUGGCAAAAGCUUCAGUGAGAGUGGAAGCCUUACUUCCCAUCAAGGAGUUCACACAGGGGAGAAAAAAUACAAAUGCUUGGAGUGUGGGAAAAGCUUUGGGUGGAAGAAAAGCCUAAAUUCUCAUCAAAGAAUUCACACAGGAGAGAAAUCAUAUAAAUGCCUGGAGUGUGGAAAGAGCUUUGGGUGGAAAGAAAGCCUAAAUUCUCAUCAAAAAAUUCACACAGGAGAGAAAUCAUAUAAAUGCCUGGAGUAUGGAAAAAGCUUCAGUCAAAGUGGAUGCCUUAUGUUGCGUUUUUCCCCUGUUACGGUACCUAUAUUAUACCAGAUCCCUGCCUUCUUGGUGUUCCCUUAGAUUUUUGCUUUCACCAAGGGCUCUCCCCUUAGUUCUCUGUUUGACUUAUAAUAUAGGAAGGCUUAGUUAUAGAUGGUAGAAUGACAGAACAGUCAGCGUGUGUUGGCAGCUUUGAAUUAAAAAGGCGAUUCUUUAUACUAGAUGAAACAGGUAUUUUACUUGAACAAAAGUAGAGUUUAUUUCUAAGUACAUAUGUGUUGUGCUUUGAAUGGAAUUAAUAAGCAAAUAGGGGUUUCAAAAUAGGUAAAACUCUUCAAAUGUUUCCUCACAGUCACAAAGAGCAAGA